CAGGCCUACAACAAUCUCCUGGAACUGCGCGUACACGACCUACAUCUCCUCGAGGUCAAGGUGGUCGCCGGCUUUAUAAACUACAAGAUUUGUCGCCUAUUUUUUCAACUGCAAGCCUCCGAAUCAAUUGCCCAAUUUCGUCGGCACAUUGACUUCUUCACCAAUCUUGUCGGCAUGCCGGAGUUGGCGUUUGAGCAUGAGGCUUGGCUCUCGAAACAGUAA